UGUUAAAAGACGAUUCUGAGGAUGCAUCGUUCUUACGAGAAAUUACACAACCACCCUCAACUCCACCUAAUGAGCAAGCAGGUUAUCUUACAACUUCCAGGACCGUUACGUGUCCAACCUUCAAGUCUCCAGAAAAGGCUACUAAAGUUAAAGAG